AAGAGGAAGGAGUGAGCGGAAGGAGUUGAUUGUUGUUGAGGAGGGAGAGGAAGUGGAGAUGGAGAUGGAGAUGGAGAUGGAGAUGGAGAAGAGAGGGGUGAUGCCAUUGAUACCACCGCCGCAGACACCGAAGGAGCCGAUGGAGUUCUUGGCAAGGUCGUGGAGUGUUUCGGCGUCGGAGAUUUCGAAAGCUUUGCUCGCUGGGAAGAAGAGCAAGGGCUUCGCUUGAGAGACCGUGCCGGAGAUCAUCGUUCCGGAGAGCUUGGUCUUCACUACUUCAUCGCAGCAUCAACAGCGCUGUGUAUCCAAUGUGGUUAAUUCACUUGUAGCCCGGCACUCAACUGCAAAAAAAUGGUUUCACAAUAGAGAGACUAACAGGUGCAAAGUGAAGAGCAAAGAGAGAGCAAGAGCAGAGAAGGCGCGCAUUCAUGCGGCGGUGAGUGUCGCCGGAGUAGCAUCAGCAGUGGCCGCCUUGGCUGCAAGUGUGAGCCUGGAAAACGAAAGCUCGAAAAUGAGUUCAGUGCUAGCCUCUGCAACAGAGCUCUUGGCAUCACAUUGUAUAGAGAUUGCAGAGCAAGCCGGUGCGGAGCAUGACUUGGUGGCCUCGGCUGUUAGAUCGGCCGUCGAUGUUAGAACUCCUGGAGACCUCAUGACACUCACUGCAGCAGCAGCUACAGCUUUGCGUGGAGCUGCGACACUGAAAAUGAGAGUACAAAGGGAAGCAAGGAGCAAUGCGGCAGUCAUACCUUAUGAGAAGAGCCAGUUGAGCAGCCCGGAUAUCUGGUGCAAAGAAGGUGACCUGCUCAAACGCACAGGAAACGGGACCUUACGCUGGAAGCGAGCAUCGGUUUACAUCAACAAGAAAUCACAGGUUAUAGUGAAGCUGAAAAGCAAACACUUGGGUGGUGCCCUCUCAAAGAAGAAAAAGACUGUUGUCUAUGCGGUGUAUGAUGAGGUUCCUGCACGGUUGGCACCAGUGAAACGGACUGCUGAAGAUGGUUGCUCCUUCGCACUGAAAACAGCUCAAGGUCUUCUGAUCUUUGAGUGUGAGAACCAGAUCUGCAAGCAGAAAUGGGUGGAAGGAGUACAGAACUUGCUUCAACAAGUGUAUGAGAUAAGCAGAGGAACAGAACAAGUAGAGAAAUCAUUUGAGUUCUUGAACCUUGGUGAAAGAGACCUAAUGUAUGGCUAGUUUUGCCACCACAAUGAAGAGAAGAAAAAUGUGUAUGAAAAAGUAAAGAACAAAUAUUUUAAGAGCUCAUGUCUACCUGCACAUAUGAAAAGCUAAGUUAAUGAUCAA